ACUCCGAGGCAGAAGGUGGCGCUAAUUAUCUUAAAAUUCUUGCCAACCGCCGCUAGAAUUCAAGACGAGGAACAGAAGAGGGAGGGAGUCCGCUUCGUAAACUCUCUACUGUAUCGUUAAAUAUCUAGCUAACGUUAGCUUAAAUCAGCCACAACCCAUCAGCUAUGUAGUCUGCUCAGCCUGUUGCAUGACAUAUAAGAGAACCAAGACACUUCAAGGCUUUUGAUGAAUGGCGAUCACUAAGCGGGAUAUUGUGACUUCCCGACUCUAAUGAACAUUCGUGCCCACAUCCAGCAGCAACAGCCACAGCUGGCUAACAAGCGGUUAGCAUUAUUAGCAUUAGCACCAAACAGCUGUCAUUCCGGAAGGCCGCCACCGCACCGGUUGGAGAUUUAACUUUCUCUCUCUCCCUACGUGUCUGGACUCAAUCAACACAAAGUCGUUUGCCAAUGAUACUUUUUGCUAUCUAACAUCUAUCGGUAAGUAUGGAGUCGUCUUUGGGGAUGUUCGACGAGGAGUGCUUGGCAACUGUGAAAGUUCAGGAGCUGAGGGCUGGCCAGAAGGAGCCCAGACUGCUGUCACUAAUUGAGUGCAGGGGAGAGUUUAAAUUGGGUGUGUUGGCGACCCCUGAUGCUGUCGUGUCUCAUCCAGUGGCUGAUCUGUGGAUACCCAUCAACGGUCAUUUUGAAAUUGUGCGAGAGGCUGAAGAGGCUCUUCUUAUCAACCUCUCAGUAGCUUCCGGCAUUAGGAUACGAAUCAAAGGAGAAAGGGCUCCAGAGCUGCUGUUCGAACUUGAGGACAAUGAUUGGACUCAGACUUUCUUAAUCCAGGUGACGAGUGCUCAGCAACAAGUUGAAUCCAAACUCCCGAAACCCAAAGCGAUGGAGCCUCUUGCACCGACAGCCCUGAGAGGUGAAGUCCCCAUCCCACCGCAGAGAGCCAACAAGACGGUUACGUAUGUGGGUUCUGCAGACAACCCACCCAGAUCUACCAAUGCACUGCCUCCCAACCUCAACAACAGCAGGUCAACAAAUCGGACCAACACAGAUCCAGUUCAAUCACUUGCCUCAGACUUUGGCUUUGAGGACAACUUCAAUCACAAAGUGGAGGAAAAGAAGAACCACCAGAAUCGCAUAGUUGCUGUCAGGGAGCCUCCCCCGGUUCCCCCUCUACCUCCGCGCAAAGCCUCCUACGCUCCAUCCAAUCCUCUGCCUCCUACACCCACCCCUAAAGACAGAGCUAUCUCCCAACCGACCAAAGACAACUCCAGACCAGAUAGUUUUAGGUCUGGGUAUGACGGCACGGACAGGCCGACAUCUUGGUGCGACAGCCCCACCACCAACAGCAUGAGACAGACCAUGUUUUCCAGCCAGGCAGGACAAAGAGAAUACCUCAUCAAACACCGCCUGGGUAAGAAGGAGAAUGAGUAUGUGGACCUCAAGACCUUCAGGUUUUUCACAGGUACUUGGAAUGUGAACGGCCAGGCUCCAGACAGCGGCCUUGAGCCGUGGCUCUGCUGUGACGCAGAACCUCCUGAUAUUUAUGCUCUGGGUUUUCAAGAAUUGGACUUGAGCACUGAAGCUUUCUUCUACAUGGACUCGUCCAAGGAACAGCUGUGGGUGGAAGCAAUGGAGAGGAGCUUGCACCGAAAAGCCAAAUACAAGAAGGUCCGAAUCAUACGUCUUGUUGGGAUGAUGCUCGUGGUUUUUGUCAAAAAGAUUCACAAGAAUCAUAUAAAAGAAGUGGCUGCAGAGCAUGUGGGCACAGGAAUCAUGGGGAAAAUGGGAAACAAAGGAGGUGUGGCAGUGAGGUUUGUUUUCCACAACACUAGCUUCUGCAUCGUCAACUCCCAUCUAGCGGCACACGUGGAAGACUUUGAGCGCCGCAACCAGGACUAUAAAGACAUCUGUGCCCGCAUGACCUUCCACUUACUGGACCACCCCCCUCUCAGCAUCGUCAAGCACGAUGUAGUCAUCUGGCUCGGGGAUUUAAACUAUCGUCUGUUCUUGUACGAUUCUGCUGAGGUCAAACAGCACAUUUCUCAGAAUGAGCUAAAAAAGCUUCAGGAGGUUGAUCAGUUAAACAUUCAGAGGCAGACAAAGAGAGCCUUCACAGACUUCAUGGAGGGAGAGAUCAACUUCCUCCCCACAUACAAGUACGACCCCAAAACGGAUCGAUGGGACUCAAGUGGGAAGUGUCGUGUCCCGGCUUGGUGUGACAGAAUCCUGUGGAGAGGAAACGAUGUCCAGCAGCUCAAAUAUCGAAGUCACAUGGAGCUGCAAACUAGUGACCACAAGCCUGUCAGCGCUGUCUUCAGUGUCGGGGUGAAGGUGGUAAAUGAUCAGCGCUACAAAAAGGUGUUUGAGGAGAUUGUUCGGGCGAUGGACCGAAUGGAGAAUGAUUUCCUUCCGUCUGUAACUCUGGACAAGCGAGAGUUUGCAUUUGGGAAUGUGAAAUUCCGGCAGCUUCAGAAGGAGCGUUUCCAGAUAACGAAUGACGGGCAGGUCCCCUGUCACUUCGCCUUCAUCCCCAAACUCAAUGACUCGCAGUAUUGCAAGUCGUGGCUCCGCGCCGAGCCAAGCGACGGAUUCCUCGAGCCGAAUGAGAUCUUGGAGAUCUAUCUGGAGGUGUAUGUCAGUAAAGACUCCGUCACGCUGCUGAACUCUGGAGAAGACACCAUCGAGGACAUUCUGGUGCUCCAUCUGGACCGUGGCAAAGACUACUUCAUCACCAUCUCUGGCAACUACCAGCCCAGCUGCUUUGGCACCUCGCUGGACACUCUGUGCCGGAUGAAGAAGCCCAUCAGAGAGAUCCCCAUCACCAAACUAAUUGACCUGGGAGAGGACAGCUACAUGGAAAAGGAAAAGUCAAAGGUGAGUUUCCUGAUGGAUGGUGCAAGUACCGAGGACAAACCUCUAAAGAUCCCCAAAGAAGUCUGGAUUCUUGUCAACCAUCUCUUCACCAGGUCCUGUGAUCAGGAGGACUUGUUCCAGACACCAGGACUACAAGAGGAGCUGCAGAGCAUUAUCGACUGUCUGGACACCAGCAUCCCAGACUCCAUCUCGGGUUGUAACCACUCUGUUGCUGAGGCUCUGCUGAUCUUCUUGGAGGCCUUGCCAGAGCCAGUGGUGUGUUAUGAACUCUACCAGCGGUGCCUGGACUGCGCUCACGACAGCCGCCUCUGCAAGCAGUUAAUCUCCCAGUUGCCCCGAGCUCACCGCAACGUGUUUCGCUACUUAAUGGCUUUUCUGAAGGAGCUUCUCAAGCACUCGCACAACAACAACCUGACGGCCAGCCUCAUAGCGACACUCUUUGCCAGCCUCCUCAUCCGUCCCCCUCCCAAGCUGAUGGGCAGGCAGGCGCCACACGACCGGCAGAAAGCUAUCAACUUCAUCCUGGGUUUCCUCAUGGCAGGAGACGAGGAGUAACCGAGACCGAUGGUACCUCAUGGCGUUGGUCGGGUUUGGAGUGGAUUCCCAACCUGCCUUACUGUUGGACCUGAUUUACAUGGUAUUUAGUCAUCUAUCGGAGACCAGUGCAGCCGUUUUGCACCCUACAUUUUCUCAAGCUAGAGGAACUCAAGACUUCACUGAAGCUGUGGUGAUUUCACCAAGUGUCAUAUCACAGAAUGACCCCUCGCUGGAUUCGCAAUCACUUGGGUUUGGUUUGAACUGAUGCCUACGCACUUUCUUAUGACCUUAAGGCCCCGUGUCUCUGCAGUAGAGUCGUCCUCGCCCUCAGCUGAUACUUCUUAGUGGAGGUGAUCAUGCCAAAACAACCCCUGAACAGUGAGUGGUAAGAAAGUGAAAACUCUAAGUAUCCGUAGAUCAAUUUCACUAAAUAAAAGGAGAUUUACUGAAGUUUUAGGACAUAGACUGAAUAGUAGUAUAAAGCAAAUAGUUAGAAAUGGGGUAAUUGUAGGAAUGAAUCACUAAGAAUGUUUAAGCUUUAGAUAAAUCAUGACAAUCAUCUGUUUUAACUGACGGGACAUUAUUAUAGAUAUCUUCAAGAACUAUUUGUUACCAUACUCAUUGUAUUUUAACUGUUAUUUAUAUAUAUUUUUUUCUUUGUUCAUCUGAACAGUUUCUGGUUUCUACUACAAUAUGGUUUAUUUUCAGCUCUGCAUUGCUUUUAAGAUAUUCCUUGCUUGUUUUUUUUUUUAUCAUCCUGUUAUCGAAAACUCUGUGUCGUGAAUGUUUGCUGUUUCUGUGUAACUCCAGCCGUGAGCCUUACGUCUCGUUUUUUGCCAGUUCCUCUUGAGUUACAAAA